CUCUGCUGCAGACGGGAGCCGGCUCUGCAGCGCAGCGAGAGAGAGAGAGAGAGAGAGAAAGAGAAGGAGAGAGAGAGAGAGAGAGAGAGAGAUUCUCUGGGCCCAGACAAAUACAGACAGGCAUCCUGCUAUGGAUUAAGAGGACCUGACAUACAGCUGGAUUGUGGAGUCUUACAGAGAGAGAGAGAGAAAGAGAGUUGUUUUGUGCGGGAGAGGCGUGUGUUUUGUGUGGGGUGUUGUGAGACAACGUGUGCUGUGUCUGUAUAUGUGUCUGAGUGUGUCCUGCAUCUGUGUGAGAGUCAGUGUGUGCAUCAGUCCCUGUGUGUGUGUGUUUAUCCUGCACAUACUACCAGGCAUAGAGUGGGUCUCCGCGUGGGCUCUCCUCCUGGGUGUUGCUAGACAUACAACUCCCCCGGGCUGGUUCUAGGUCUGGCCGUAUGACCAGGGAAGGAAAGCCAGUCCAGAGAACCAACAGGACAUCACAGACCAGGCACAGUUUCUUCAGAUGACACCUGGCAUACCUCUACCACCACCACCAUGGAGGUAUCUUACCUAGACAUUUUAUACCUCUACCACCAUCAGCCAGGCUGCAAUACAAAAACGAAGAUACUGAAAGUUCACUCCUGAUCACUUGCCAUUUGCUAGUUUUUUUGUAUGUUCAUACUGCCUUUGUGGCUUGAACCGGGAUUGGGUGUACAUUAACUUGCCUGACAGCUUUUCUAUACACAUUGAAAAUAUCCAUUGCAGGAAGAAUGUGGUUUAGAUAUUUUUGGAGUGAAGCGCAGCUCUCCCUAGCAACUCUAUCCGUCUGACUGGUCAGGUUUUUCUCUCCAACCGUUCGGUCCACCCAUCCAUCAGGGAGCGAGAGAACAUUAAUCAAGCUGUUGACGCUAAGAGGAUCAAUAACAUGAGCAGUUAGCCUUGACCCCGGGCUGACCAUGAGCAGUUAGCUACCAUCCCUGGGCCUCCACGGAUCAUUGACAACACAGGAGGUUGUGAUCAACCAGGAAGAGCUGACCUGCAGUUUUCUUGACAUGGCACCAACGUGGAAAAUGACCCAUGGAUUUAGGGUUAGAGCGGAAUCCUCACCUUUCACUUUGAGGAAAAGGAAUGUUGUUCCUCCACUCAGAUGAAGCCUCAAAAAGUGUUAAUUUCCUUGGGUGGAUGAGAGGGAUGAAGUGAUUGAGGAAGAGAUAGCGACUGAGAGAGAGAGAGGAGAGGUAGAAUUAUCUGGGGGGAUCCAGCGAUGAGACGUUCACGAUGAAGACCACGGCAAUGUGCCGGAAUGAGUUUGAUGUCCUAGUUGGAAGUCUUCCCAGGAAAAGGAGAGACAGAUGUUCUCCUUUUGUUGUACUAUUGCAGAAUAUCCUUCUAACAGUUAAAGAGAGAGACAGGGGAUUUCCUGACUUGACUGGUUUCUGGUAGACUUUUCUGUGGAGUUUGUUUUUCAGGGGGGUAUUGAAAGAUCCUUACAUGCCUGAGUAUUGACACAUUUGCCUUAACCACCGAACCCUGGACAAAUAUUUACCAUGGUGUUGUGCCACUGGGCACAGAUGUCAGUUCAACGUGUAGUUUUUAUUUACAUUUGGCUGAGUUGUCAAUUAUUGUAAAUUCAACAUAAAAUCAACAAAGAAAUAUCACCAUGUCAAUGGAUUAAGGUUAAAGGUGAAGAAAAGCCCUUACGGUGAUGACUCUCUGCAAAUCCAAUGAGUUUUCCAUGUUAAUUCAACGACAUCACAUAUAUUUUUGGGGUUGAAAUAAUGUGGAAACAACGUUGAUUCAGCCAGUUGUUGCCCAGUGGGUAGUUCUAACCCCCGGCAUAAACCAGUUCACCAAAUAUCAUUUGGACAAAUGUCACCCUCCACAGCCAAAUCGAAACUCUGCUUCACAUUGAGAAGCCAUCGAAUUUGACUUUCAAAAACAUGAAAAACAGGGGAGAGAACCAAAUGGUGAGAGACCAUGUUUGUGGGAUUCUAGUCUUUUAUUUUAACCUGUGAGUAACAAAUACUGUAGCAAAACGAGCACACACCUUUAGCUUAAAUGAAGGCGGGUCGCUCUCAGGCGGGACGGGAGAAGAAAAUGAUGCACGUGAACAACUUCCCCUUCAGGAGGCAUUCCUGGAUCUGCUUCGAUGUUGACAAUGGCACAUCAUCGGGACGCAGCCCCCUGGACCCCAUGGCCAGUCCAGGGUCAGGGCUCAUCCUGCAGGCCAACUUUGUCCACAGUCAGCGGAGAGAGUCCUUCCUCUACCGCUCGGACUCGGACUACGACCUGUCACCCAAGUCCAUGUCCAGAAACUCCUCCAUCGCCAGUGACAUGAAUAACCACCUGCAGAGGCCAGGCCUGACCUCGCGACGGUCUGAGCCCGUCAUUAGUGGAAAUCAUGGCGACGACUUGAUAGUCACACCAUUUGCACAGGUACUGGCUAGUUUGAGAACGGUACGGAAUAACUUUGCUGCACUAACCAACUUGCAACAAGACAGAGCCUCAAACAAGCGGUCCCCUAUGUGUAACCAACAACCACCCAUCACCAAGUCCUCUUUCUCAGAGGAGGCCUACCAGAAGCUGGCCACAGAGACGUUGGAGGAGCUGGACUGGUGCCUGGACCAGCUGGAGACCCUGCAGACCAGACACUCUGUCAGCGAGAUGGCCUCCACCAAGUUCAAGAGGAUGUUGAACAGGGAGCUGUCUCACCUGUCUGAGAUGAGUCGCUCAGGGAACCAGGUCUCUGAGUUCAUCUCCAGCACCUUCUUAGACAAGCAGCAUGACGUGGAGAUGCCAUGUCCACAGACGCAGAAAGAGAGGACGGACAAGAAGAACGCCAAGCCCAUGUGUCAGAUCAGUGGCGUGAAGAAGCUGCAGCACAGCACUAGCCUCUCCAACUCUAAUAUACCUCGCUUCGGGGUCAAGACCGACACAGAGGACCAACUGGCUACGGAGCUUGAGGACCUCAAUAAAUGGGGCCUUAAUCUUUUUAAAGUCACCGAGCUUUCAGGAAACCGGCCUUUAACAGUCAUGAUGUAUACAAUUUUCCAGGAAAGAGAUUUAUUAAAAACAUUCAAAAUACCAUUAGACACCUUUAUAACCUACCUGAUGACUCUAGAAGACCAUUACCAUGGCGAUGUAGCCUAUCACAAUAACAUCCAUGCUGCUGAUGUCACCCAGUCCACUCACGUGCUGCUGUCCACGCCUGCUCUAGAGGCUGUGUUCACAGACCUGGAGAUCCUAGCUGCCAUCUUUGCCAGUGCUAUUCAUGACGUUGACCACCCUGGGGUCUCCAACCAGUUUCUCAUCAGCACCAACUCGGAGCUGGCCCUCAUGUACAAUGACUCGUCAGUCCUAGAGAACCACCACCUGGCUGUAGGCUUCAAGCUGCUUCAGGAAGAGAACUGUGACAUCUUCCAGAACCUGACCAAGAAACAACGGCAGUCCCUCAGGAAGAUGGUCAUAGACAUGGUACUAGCUACUGACAUGUCCAAGCACAUGAAUCUCCUAGCUGACCUGAAGACCAUGGUGGAGACCAAGAAAGUCACCAGCUCUGGUGUGCUGCUACUAGAUAACUACAAUGACAGAAUACAGGUCCUCCAGAACAUGGUGCAUUGUGCGGAUCUCAGUAACCCCACCAAGCCCCUGCAGCUGUACCGCCAGUGGACCGACCGCAUUAUGGAAGAGUUCUUCAGCCAGGGGGACAGGGAGAGGGAAAGAGGGAUGGAGAUCAGCCCUAUGUGUGACAAACACAACGCCUCUGUACAGAAGAGCCAGGUGGGGUUCAUCGACUACAUCGUCCACCCUCUGUGGGAGACCUGGGCUGAUCUGGUGCACCCUGACGCUCAGGACAUCCUGGACACUCUGGAGGACAACAGGGAGUGGUACCAGAGCAUCAUCCCCCAGAGCCCCUCGCCCGUCCCGGACGAAGCCGACGACGGCAGCGGACGCCCCCCCGGAGGGGACAAGUUCCAGUUCGAGCUCACCCUGGAAGAGGACGGAGAGUCGGACACGGAGAAAGACAGUGGAAGUCAACCAGAAGAAGACGAGGAGAAUAGUUGUAACUCGAAAACGCUCUGCACGCAGGACUCGGAAUCCACAGAGAUCCCGUUGGACGAGCAGCCGGAAGAGGAGGUGGAGGAGGUGGUAGUGGUAGAGGAGGAGGAGGAGGGUGAAGGGGUACACAGGGAACCAAGUAUGGCGGAGUUGGAGGAGGAGGAUGAGGAGGGAGAGGGGGAAGGGGAGGAGGGCGAGGAGAAGCAAAGAGCGGCCGAUACAUAGCAGCAGUAGAAACUGCGCGGAUUGCCAAACUGCGAGAGAGAGACUGUUGCGUUACAACGGCGAAUCAAGGGACGAGGUGAAUACUAGUAAUCGCCACAAUGUUGGUGAUGUGGCGUCAUCGAGAGUUCCAAAGCGCACGUUGCACUCCUCAAUCCCAGUCUUCUCCUCACUCCACUCCACCUGGAGGCGAUAUGGGGGCACAGACCCACACCUCCCCCAAGACUCCCUCCCUUGGAGCGCCACACUUUUACACUCAGGAAUAUUUUAGUCGACUUUCUUGCCUCCUUUUUUGUUUACCUUCUGGUUCAUUCGGCCUAUAGGGAGCGAGGUGACGCCUUGAGUUCAAAGGCCAAUCUCCACCUCCCGCCUCUCCUCUAUCUCCUACCACUUCCUGUCAACGCAGGAAGCAAACAGAAAGUGUUCUUUGACUCCAAGACUGAGCACAUGGGAAACACACAAGAUGCUUGGAACAGUCCUAACUGUAGCAUCAUGGGAGGACAGCCAGAUGGGGGAAAGAUGGAUUGCAAGGUGACCUCUGAACUGCAAGGUGACCCCAGUCCACUAAUACCAUCUGAAAACCAAUGAGGGAUAUUAUAGGGAGAGACGGACAAAGACAUACUUUGCAAGAGGAUUUCAAAGAGACCUUUUUUUCUAAAGUUCAAGUCUUCCUUGAAACAAGACUGGUAGAAAAUGCUGUUUUUGACCUCCUCAGUUUUUGUAUUGUAGUAAAACUGAAAUCUUUUUGUAGAUAACUUUUGUUAAUGGAGAGAGUGAGAGAGAGAGAGAGAGAGAGAGAGAGAGAGAGAGAGAGAGAGAAAAGAGCGGAGGAAGAUGUUCAAUUAAUAUCUUCUUCGUCAUAUAUUGCAUCCAUUGAAACUUGAUUUUUUUUUUAGAAGAGAUAUGUUAUGCCAUAACAUAAUGCCUGUGGUCUUUCUGGGAAUGUGUGCUUGUCCUGAGUGCAUGUGACUAAGCUCUCUGCACUCAGUCUGCUUUCGUUUGCUCUCCUUCAUCUUCACUCCCAGGUAUUUCAGAUAGGGGCAUCUUAGAUGAACAUGCGUGGUUUUCUGUUCGAGAGCGUUGGGGUUCUAACUUUAAUCUUCACUCCCAGGUAUUUCAGAUAGGGGCAUCUUAGAUGAACAUGUGUGGUUUUCUGUUUGAGAGCGUUGGGGUUCUAACUUUAAUCUUCACUCCCAGGUAUUUCAGAUAGGGGCAUCUUAGAUGAACAUGUGUGGUUUUCUGCUCGAGAGCGUUGGGGUUCUAACUUUAAUCUUCACUCCCAGGUAUUUCAGAUAGGGGCAUCUUAGAUGAACAUGUGUGGUUUUCUGUUUGAGAGCGUUGGGGUUCUAACUUUAAUCUUCACUCCCAGGUAUUUCAGAUAGGGGCAUCUUAGAUGAACAUGUGUGGUUUUCUGUUCGAGAGCGUUGGGGUUCUAACUUUAUUGCAGCUUUAAAUGUACCACCUCUUUUUAUUUUUCAAAGUAGAAAGAAGCCGGUUAACUAAUGAUCUUAAGAACAUAAUAAUGGUAUAUAAUAUACUUAGGCCAUGUCUCCAUUUAAAUAUGACAUGGUAGGUCUUGUUACCAUCCUGAGUAUGUAGUAAUUUAGUUCUAUCCAACCAAAUAUACUAUCCAAAUAGACUCUCCAGUCUAUCUACACAUUGUUAAAUCUGUUUUUAAAUAGGUGGUACAUUUUUUCUCAAAUGUUAAGGAUUCUGAAUAACCCUCAUUGACCUUCAGUCAGAUUCCAUAAACACUCAUCAGUUAUCAGUGAUAUCUGUAACACUUUAGCUUAUAGUCACAUGGCUAUAUCUUUCUAUAUUUCAUCAUUUCAAAACUUUAUUGAUCUGAAGUACAAAGGGACUUGAGCUAAUGAUAAAACUGAUGUUGUUUUACACCAAACAAAUAACAAGGUUGUAUUCAUGUACACUCUAUAUGUAUUGCAAAAAAUAGAAAUAUUUGUCAAAUGAAAAUAGUGACUGUAUUCUAAAGUGUUCCAACACAUGUAUACCUGGUUGUGUUGUAUGGGCUUAGGCUCUGGAUCUGAACCUUUGUGUUGUAAUACAUGAAUAUCCCACGUCUCUCUUCGAUUUGCCUAUUUCAACUGUCUAGCAUCCAUCCAAUAAUGAUUACUAAAAUGACAAACACUUUGACAAUAUUUGCCUUUGUUCUUUUUCAUUAUUAUCAUUAUUUUGUCUUAUUGGAUUUCACAUUGGACAUUGAGAAUCACCUGCAUAGUUUUAAAAUCUACCUUUCAUAUUUGAGUAGUUCAUAGAUGUGUGUGUAUAUGUAUAUAACUGUACUGCUAGCAUCAAAACCAUUAACAGACUCUUCCAUACAUGUCAUGCCUCAUAUGAGGACACAAUCCCAUAUAAUCCAUGGUAUUCAGGAAACAAUUCCACUAAAUUGAAGUAGUAGGACAGUAAUUGCAGAUGCUUUAUGAUUUAGAUUUCAUAUUGCAAUAUAUUUGCCAUUUUCAGGGGAAGGACUAGAUAUGGACGACUUGUCAUUUCAAACCCAAUAUUGCUUUUUUUUAUUUUUGCCAAAAGAACUUCUCCUUCUUUUUCUUCUUCUUCUUCUCCCCUGCUGGACUUGCACAAUGCAGCACACACCAUUAAGUCAAGUGGUUUCUGUGUUGGUUUUUAAUAUUUCUUUAUUUAUAUUUAUUGAUUUGGUAACACUGUCUUUGAGUCACAUGUAGUAAUGCAUUAUGAAGCCUCAUAAAGGCUAUUUAAGGAGUUGUGAGCUGUUAUGAAUGCUUAUAAAAAAAUACACGUUUUAUUAAACCUUUAUUUAACCAGGAAAAGCCCAUUAUUAUAGUCUAUUAUGGGCGUGAAAGAAGGCUCUAUGAAUGCAUCAUAUAGACACAGGUGGUUAAUAGUGUUGCCAUGGAUUCUUUGUUUUUGUCACAGUUUGGCCGUCCUAAGUAAGACAGCACUGUAGAAUGCACAACCUGUAGCUUCACAACAUGAUGUGGACUCGCAAAAUACACUCUUUGUUCCUGUUCUGGUGAUAUGAUGUACGUAGACCAUAGAAAUAGAAUGACUAUAAUAGUCACUCUAUAGCCAUAUUUCUAUGCUUCUAAUCAACACUUCUGUCAUACAUGGGGAAACAUGUCCACAUUGAAAAGACUUGAACCUGGAUUUUAAAGUAAAAAUGUUAAUAUUUUAUUAUUGGAUAAUGGUAUAUUUCUUUACAGUUUCAUUUCUCUGCCAUCUUUUUGUUGUGGUUUUUUUGCUUGCCUCACCGGACGACCUUACCUGUUAAUGGGUUUUUCUCAUUUGUCUUUUGUUUACAACCAUGUAUUUAUUAAGCUGUACAUAUUGUAGUGUUGCAUUCUGUAAAUGACGGAUUCUUCCUCUAUCAUCCGAUGGUGUUGGUGUAUUUGGAAAACCUCUUGUUGAGAGAAUGUUUAUUAUGAUCCAUACUUAACCCAAUGUAUAAAUCUCUUCUGUACAAGAAUGAUAAAAGUGAAUGAAAUGA